AAGCUCAGGAGAACAGAGGAGAGAAGUGAUAGAGUGUGCGUUAAGAGACAGAAAAAGCGUUUUUAAAGAGAAUCGGGUGCAGACUUUCAGACCACAGUGUGUGAGGAGACAGCGAGAGGGAGAGAAAGACAGUGUCGCCAUUUCAAAAAUGAGUUUUGAGGAGCUGUUUUAAGGGACACACUGCGGAAGUUUCUGCCUAAUCGCACCACACAGGAGGCGCUCCUCAGAAAACACAUCUGUCCCACCAUCAACCAGUAAAUCUCAGAUGGAGGUGAAUGCGACUGAGAAGCGUCAUCGAACACGAUCUAAAGGUGUGCAAGUUGCCGUGGAGGCUGCACAAGAGCUGUUCAGCUGUCCCACACCAGGGUGUGAUGGUAGUGGACAUGUCAGUGGCAAAUACGCCAGACACAGGAGUGUUUAUGGAUGCCCCUUGGCUAAGAAAAGGAAAACCCAAGAGAAACCUUCACAGGAGCCAGCUUCCAAACGGCCUCCAUUUCUAACUAUGACUGAUGGAGAGCCCUCCAUCUACGAAAGCUAUGAGCCGGAGGCUAUGGAGGAACAAGAAGAAGUAGAGGAAUUGGAAGAAGAUGAUGGGGAAGAUGAUGAAGAAGAGGAGUGCUCUGAUGACAAUGAGGAACCCGAAGAGGAAGAGGAAGGGGAGGUGGAGAGAGAAGAGGUAGAGCAGAUGGAUGAAGAGGUAGAAGAAGAUGAGGAAGUGGUUGAGGAGGAUGGGGACGAUGAAGAGCAGGAAGAUGAAGAAGAGCAAGAAGAUGAGGAAGAUGAAAAUGAGCAUGAUGAAGAUGAAUAUUAUGAAAAUCAGUGUUAUCAGCAAGUGGACAAUUAUUCUAGUGGUGGACAAUCAAAAUCCAAUCAAAUGGUUGAGAAGGACAAUAACAAUAAUAACAACAUGAACAAUGAGGAGUAUGAGAAUUAUGAUGAGCUGGUGGCCAAAUCCCUACUGAACUUGGGUAAAAUUGCAGAGGAUGCUGCCUACCAGGCCAUGACCGAGUCGGAGAUGAACAGCAACUCCUCCAACAGUGCAGGAGAGGAUGAUGAUGAGGACUAUGAUGAAGGGAGUGAAAAUGAAGGUCAUAAGGGAGAGUUGAGUGUUGACCUGGAUAGUGAUGUGGUACGGGAGACAGUGGACUCCCUGAAGCUUCUCGCUCAGGGUCAUGGAGCGGUGCUGCCCGAUGAUGGAUACCCAGAGUCUGGAGAUGCUUGUGGAGCUGGCCAUGCUAAUGGCCAUGGCCAGACAGAUGAGAGUGAGGAGGAGGUGUGCCUCAGUAGCCUGGAGUGUCUGCGCAACCAGUGCUUUGACUUGGCCCGGAAACUGAGCGAGACCCAACCAUCUGAGCGACCCACAAUGGAGCACCAGCUCGAGCAGCAGCAACAUCAUCAUCAUCCUCUGUUGCAUCACAUGCCAAGGUACGAGAGCUGCCACAUGGACCAGCAGAGACCCGUUGAGAGGAACUACUCAGAUAUGGUCAAUCUGAUGAAGCUUGAUGAGCAGCUCAGCCCGGCUUCCAGGGGCUACCCUUCUAGCUGUGCCCAGGAAGGAGAUGAGGAUACUACAUCAGUGGCCUCUGAACGUUCAGAUGAAGCUUUUGACAUGACUAAAGGCAACUUGUCCCUGCUGGAAAAGGCCAUUGCUCUCGAAUCGGAGCGUGCCAAGGUUUUGCUAGACAGAAUGGCAUCAGAACAGAUGGUGGCUCGAAGGGACAAUCAGCACCUUCAUGGAGAUCACAGCCCAAGGCAGAGUAGUGGUGCAGAAGAACGCAGGGCCCGGCUCCAUCAUGAUGGCGCAAAAAGAGCAUAUUACCCUAAAGACUCAAGGGGAGAGAAAAAAGAAAGCAAGUGUCCCACCCCGGGCUGUGAUGGCACGGGCCAUGUCACUGGGCUGUAUCCUCACCAUCGAAGCUUGUCUGGCUGCCCCCACAAAGACCGCGUUCCACCAGAAAUUCUUGCAAUGUAUGAGAAUGUUCUAAAGUGCCCCACGCCUGGCUGCUCGGGACGUGGCCAUGUAAAUAGCAACAGGAACUCCCACCGCAGUCUUUCAGGAUGUCCUAUAGCUGCUGCUGAGAAGAUGGCAAAGGUUCAGGAGAAACAUCACCCCUGCGAAAGCUCCAAGUCCAACCAGGCAUCAGACCGUGUCUUAAGGCCUAUGUGCUUCGUGAAACAGCUGGAGAUCCCACAGUAUGGGUACAAAAAUAAUGUCCCCACAAGCACUCCACGAUCCAACCUGGCCAAGGAGCUGGAGAAGUACUCCAAGACCAGUUUUGAAUAUGGCAGCAGUUAUGACAACCAGCCUCAUGCCUAUGGCAAGAGGUCCCUCACCCCCAAGAACCAUGAGCGUGACACCUCACCCAAGGGGUAUGAUGCCAAGCGCUACUGUAAGACCUCGAGCCCAGCCAGCAGCACCACGAGCAGCUACGCUCCCAGCAGCAGCAGUAGUCUCAGCUGUGGUGGAGGAGGGGGAGGAGGAGGCAGCGGGGGAGCAGGAAGCAGUGCCAGCAGCACCUGCAGCAAGAGCAGCUUCGACUACACGCACGACAUGGAAGCCGCCCACAUGGCAGCCACCGCCAUUCUCAACCUGUCCACGCGCUGCAGAGAGAUGCCCCAGAGCCUGACUGGGAAAGGGCCCGAGCUCCUGGCACAGAGCCCUGAUGAUAGAGAUGGGGAUGAGAAUGGAACCCUUGAUUUGAGCCGGGCUGGAGGGUUGGUGGAGGGUAGUGGGGGAACAGUGCUGACCCCCCUGCAGCCCAUGUCCCCCCAGCGGCAAGCACUGCUUAACAGUCACUGCUACCAAAUAACCACGGCAGAGUGCUGGGAACUGCCUGUGGACUACACCAAGAUGAAAUGCCUGGACGAGGACCACAAGGAGGAUGACCUCGACCCCUUUCAUGAUCUAUUGGAAGAUCAACAGUAUUCUGGGGAUGUUACCCUCCCCAGCCCCAAACACAAAUAUGCCCCCUGUAAGGAUAGCAAGAAGGAGCUCCUCACGUUAUCAAGCUGCCAACUGGCUGACAAAUGCAUGCGUGGUAUGAUGACAUCUAACUCCCAGGAUCUGAAGUGUCCUACUCCUGGCUGUGAUGGGUCUGGUCAUAUAACAGGCAACUACGCCUCACACAGAAGCCUGUCAGGUUGUCCCCGGGCAAAGAAGAGUGGUAUUAAAAUUAUGCACAGUAAGGAGGACAAGGAUGACCAGGAGCCAAUCAGGUGUCCUGUGCCAGGCUGUGAUGGCCAGGGUCAUGUGACCGGUAAAUAUGCAUCCCACCGCAGCGCAUCCGGCUGCCCGCUGGCUGCCAAGCGUCAGAAGGAUGGUUAUGUGAAUGGAGCACCCUUCUCCUGGAAGUCUGGCAAGACAGACGGCAUGACCUGCCCCACUCCAGGCUGUGACGGCUCAGGCCAUGUCAGUGGCAGCUUCCUAACCCACCGGAGUCUGUCUGGGUGUCCCCGUGCCACAUCUGCUAUGAAGAAGGCUAGAAUGACAGGAGUUGAAAUGCUCACAAUCAAGCAGCGAGCGAGCAAAGGCAUAGAAAAUGAUGAGGAAAUUAAACAACUGGAUGAGGAAAUCAAAGACCUGAACGAGUCAAACAAUCAAGUAGAGUCAGACAUGAUAAAAUUGAGGACUCAAAUCACCACCAUGGAGACCAACCUCAAAUCCAUUGAGGAGGAAAACAAGGCCAUAGAGCAGCAGAAUGACUCACUGCUGCAUGAGCUGGCCAACCUCAGCCAGUCACUCAUCAACAGUCUGGCCAACAUCCAGCUCCCUCACAUGAAACCGAUGCCACUGAAAGAGGCCCCUGUUAAAAAUUACUGCUGUUUACAGAUGCCCCAAAGAGAGCCGAUGAAUGAGCAAAACUUCGACACUUAUGUGAGCACAUUGACAGAUAUGUAUACUCACCAGGACCAGUACCAGACCCCAGAGAACAAGGCCCUCUUGGAGAACAUAAAGCAAGCAGUUCAAGGCAUCCAAGUGUAGCUUGCCGGAUACUAGAGCUCAGCUGUUGGCCAAGUAAUGGGGUCAUGUGAUCAAGCUGAGAAGCAUAAAUGCAACUGAUAUGAAACAAAAGAAACCCAUCAUGUAAAAAGUAUUGAUAACUAGUAUGAUUUUUUUGCUGCUGUAAUUUAUUGUAUUUAUUUGCUAUUCUUUAUGAUUCUGUUAUGCUUUUGAAAAAAUUACAUAACUUAUUUGUUGCCUUGCUUUACGAUGACGAUUACCAAUGGCAAAUGUUUCGAGGAACAUUCUUGUUUUGUACAUUUUUCAUAUGACCUGACAUAAUGUGAUGUACUGUUUAUAGCUGCUAAUGUAUGCACAUUUUAGUGUAUAUGUAUUUAUUAAUUGUAUACAAAAAUCAUCCAUUAUUUUAAAUCUAAAAAAGGUGCAGAGGGGUUACACUGAGGGAAUGUAAGGGCAAUCAGCUUAAAACUGAGCUUUUCUUUAUGGAACUAAUGGGAAUUAUGUGCUGUGGAGGAUGUUUAAUGGAUGUACAGUGGUUCAAAUUUUGGCUACAUUUUGUAACGAUAUUAAGAAACGUUGUCUUUCGGUUCUGAAAACAUAUUUAUAGUGGUCAGUGUGGGCACUCUAAUGCAGUACGUGUAUCGUUUCUGAUCAUUUUUGCUUGUUUGUUCAGUUGGUUGGUUUCUCUCUUUUUUCCUUUGAAUUCCCUAAAUAGAUGGAGAAACAGAAAAGACAAAAUAGAAAGCCUUUUUGUGAAUGCAAACAUCAUGACACGGAAACUUACUGGUGUAAAUCCCAAGACUGAGAGAGAAAUAUUUCAUAACUUUUCAAAUAUUUUCAAAGUUAAUUCUCUAAAUGUAAUGCCCGGCUGGUUAUGGCCAGUAACUACAGAAAUUUUCAAGGAGACAAUCCAACAUGAAUUAUUAAUUUAAUGAUCGUAAAAUGUUAGUGGUAGUAUGAUAGAAUAUCAGCAAUAUAUGAAAACUAAUCAAUCAUUUAUUUAGAUAUGGGAUGCAAAAGUUUGGGUAUAUGCAAUUUCUUAUUCUUACCAUAGUAGAAAGCUGAUGAAUCUUUUUACUAAAUGUAAAGUAUUAAGUUUUAUAUAAAUCUUUUAAUACAGUCAUGUUUUAGGGUUUAAACAUGGGAGAUAAGUCCAAAAGGAUGAAUGCAUUAUGAGUUCACAUUCCUCAUGUUCAAUUUUGCACAGGGACACCAUUAUUUCCAUGUUUUGGUGUUUUUAUUUGUUGCAGGAGAUCAAGGAGGUGCCCAGACGUUUGAAAUGUGGGAAGUUUUUUUUUUUUUUUUUUGAAGAAAGUAAAUCUGUGUGUGUGUGUGUGUGUGAGUGUGAAUGUUAGUUUAUCAGUGUGCUGGACAUACAGGGUUAAUGUCACCAUCCAUACAUCAUUGUGUCAUAGUAGGCUAAUGCGGCUCUUGUCUUGUAGAUUUUGUCCAAAACAAUCAUGUAGUGAUUCAUCUGGUCACGAGUGCACAACAAAUACAACUAUGUCAGCAAUGCAAACUCAUCAUAUUACAAUAAUGACUACAACAGUGAAUUCCAAUCAGUUGUAUACAGUAUUAAGAGAGGUCAGCUUGCCAUAUAUGGUGAUCUGCAAUUCACUUUCAUUGCUUUUUUAGGUUUAUGAGAUAUCAGCGGCACUUUAAGUAUCAUGGAAUUUGAAGUAACAUAUUAGGCUACUUUUUAGAUAAUUAAUCGUGGACACACCAUAUUAACGCAAACUGGUACGGGUCAAGAUUAGAGAAGUAUGGGCAAUUUCCUUUGCUAAGAGGGUUGUGUACUGACAAGAUUCAGUUCAUAUUACUCCAUAAUAUCUUAAGGACAUGUACAGUCAUAGUUUGGGGACCCCAUAUUAAUUUCCAAUUAGUAAAAGUUCUUUCAAGCAGGGGCAUCAAACAAAGUCACAAACAAGGCUAAUUUUCAGUGGUGGGUUUUACAGUUGAGUUGAAACGGUCAGUGAUUUUAAGUGUAAAAUUGACUCUGGUUGAUGCUGGCUCUACAUGGGGCUAUAUUUCUAAUUUAUGUAUUAUUUUCUAAUAUUUAGGCUAGCAUUGCGUUUUAGAGCGCUCAUGCAAGUAAAGCUAGUCACUCAUAUUUGUUGUUCCAUAAUAUCCAGACAUCUGCUCUCCUACGCCACCUAAUUUCUUUCUCCAAAAUCUUUGUGUAUUCAGCUUAUUUUCAAGACAGUAAUGCUUUUUAACACACUGAUAGCAAAAUACAAUAUCUUCUCAUCACUGAUUUGCAGGAAAAGGGGUUUUAAGCACAAUUCUGCUGCUCAUUUUCAGUUGGCACAUAUUGUACUAUCUACUUCAAAAAGGUUAUCUGUGACUAUUUAAAUAGAAACUCUAUCUAUGGUGUCACAUGCUUGAAUACAGAAUACUUUUCUUAUUAAUAAUUGUGAAAUCAUCAGGUUACAAGUUUCUGUUUCAAAUGGAUUUUAAUUACCAUUUUAAACCAGGAUUUUUCUAUUAAAAAAAUAAAGCCACAGCUUUCUUAAUGUCUCUUGCUCUCUUCCUCUAUCCAGCUCUUUAGCUAUCUUAUUCUCUUUUAUUUGAUUUUUCAACCACAUGGCAUGGUUUCUGUUGGUAUGAUACUUUUUUAUUUUUCUUUCUUUUUUUUUUUUUUUUUGCUGUAAGUGUUUAAGAUCACAAGUUGCAGUGAUAUUUCAUUUUGAAAUUGUGAACUUUGUACAAUUUUUAAUCAUGCUGGUGUUGACAUCUCUUACUCAAUAAAACUUGU